GCAGAGCGCUCUGCGGGCGCUGGGGCGGCGCGGGGCGCGGGGCGCGAGGCCAGGCUCAUUCUCGCAGGGAGUGCGGGUGGCCUGGGGGCCAGGGCGGCGGCGCGGCUGCGGUGCGGGGACGCGGAGACACGGGGUCGGGCCUCAGCGCAGCAGUCCUCUCCCCCAAUUGGUGUCUGCAGAACCCCUGACCUCGGGAGCUGGAGAAGAGCCAGCCCUGAAGGAGGCAGGCGAGCGGGUAGAAGCUGAAGCCGUGGGGCGGGAUGGAGCCCUCGGCCCACAGGAAAGCUAGCUCUGAGCAGGAGGAUGGCUUUGGGGUACAGCCCAGCAGGGUGGCUGAUCUGGGCAUGGUCCCCAAUCCCCGACAGAGCAACAGCCGCCUGUACAAGAAUGGGAGGCCGCAGUGCCACUUGAGCAGCAGUGAGAAGCAUCUGAGGGCGUGGAUUCUUGAGAACAUCAAGAAGAAAGAGUGCAUGUAUUUUGUGGAAAGUCCCAAGCUCUCUGAUGCUGGGAAGGUGGUGUGCGAGUGUGGUUACACCCUUGAGCAGCACCGGGAGGAGGCCAUCAAGCCCCACGCCUUCCAGGACAAAGAGUGGGACCCGAAGAAGCAUGUCCAGGAGAUGCCAACUGAUGCCUUUGGUGACAUCGUCUUUGUGGGCCUGGGCCAGAAAGUGGGGAAGUAUGUCCGAGUGUCCUCGGACACGCCUUCCAGCGUGAUCUACCACCUCAUGACGCAGCACUGGGGCCUGGAUGUCCCCAACCUGCUCAUCUCGGUGACUGGUGGGGCCAAGAACUUCAACAUGAAGCUAAGGCUCAAGAGCAUCUUCCGCAGGGGCCUGGUCAAGGUGGCCCAGACCACAGGGGCCUGGAUCAUCACUGGGGGCUCCCACGCUGGCGUGAUGAAGCAGGUGGGUGAGGCGGUGCGUGACUUCAGCCUGAGCAGCAGCUACAAGGACGGAGAGGUCAUCACCAUCGGCGUGGCCACAUGGGGCACCAUCCACAACCGGGAGGGGCUGGUCCGGCCAAUGCCCCUGGAUCCCCAGGAAAGCCACCACGCCGAGUAUGUCCUGGACGAGGAAGGCCAAGGGAACCUGACCUGCCUAGACAGCAACCACUCCCACUUCAUCCUGGUGGACAAUGGGACACACGGCCAGUAUGGGGUGGAGAUUCCCCUUCGGAUUCAGCUGGAGAAGUUCAUAUCUGAGCAGACGAAGGAGAGAGGAGGUGUGGCCAUCAAGAUUCCCAUUGUCUGUGUGGUGCUGGAGGGGGGCCCUGGCACACUGAACACCAUCUACAACGCCGUCACCCACGGCACACCCUGUGUCAUCGUGGAGGGCUCGGGCCGCGUGGCCGACGUCAUUGCUCAGGUGGCCAGUCUGCCAGUGUCUGACAUCACCAUCGGCCUGAUCCAGCAGAAGCUGAGUGAGCUUUUCCAGGAGCUGUUUGAGACCUUCACCGAGGGCAGCAUCGUGGAGUGGACCAAAAAGAUCCAAGACAUUGUCCGGAAGCGGCAGCUGCUGACCAUCUUCCGGGAAGGCAAGGAUGGUCAGCAGGAUGUGGAUGUGGCCAUCCUGCAAGCCUUGCUGAAAGCCUCGAGGAGCCAAGACCACUUUGGCCAUGAGAACUGGGACCAUCAGUUGAAGCUGGCGGUGGCAUGGAAUCGCGUGGACAUUGCCCGCAGCGAGAUCUUUACCGACGAGUGGCAGUGGAAGCCCUCAGAUCUGCACCCCACGAUGGUAGCUGCCCUCAUCUCCAACAAGCCAGAGUUCAUGAAGCUCUUCCUGGAGAACGGGGUUCAGCUGAAAGAGCUCGUCACCCGGGACAUGCUCCUCUACCUGUACGAAAACCUGGAGCCCUCCUGCCUAUUCCACAGCAAGCUGCAGAAGGUGCUGGCUGAGGAGCGCCAGGCCAGCGUGCCCAAUGACACACCCUGCCUGCAGAUGCACCAUGUGGCCCAGGUGUUGCGGGAGCUCCUGGGGGACUCCACGCAGCCGCUGUACCCCCGGCACAUUGACCAACUUGGAUCCUCGCCAUCUGUGCCCCACGUCAAACUCAAUAUGCAGGCAGUCAGCCUUCUGUCCCUCUGUAAGCGUUCCUCGGACACCAUCACCUUCACCAUGGACCCAGUCCGAGACCUUCUCAUUUGGGCUGUUGUUCAGAACCGCCGGGAGCUGGCGGGGAUCAUCUGGGCUCAGAGCCAGGACUGCAUCGCAGCCGCCCUGGCCUGCAGCAAGAUCCUGAAGGAGCUGUCCAAGGAGGAGGAGGACAUGGACAGCUUGGAGGAGAUGCUGGCACUGGCGGAUGAAUUCGAGCUCAGAGCCAUCGGGGUCUUCACCGAGUGCUACCGGAAGGACGAGGAGCGGGCCCAGAAGCUGCUCACCCGAGUGUCGGAGGCCUGGGGGAAGACCACCUGCCUGCAGCUGGCAUUGGAGGCAAAGGACAUGAAGUUCGUGUCUCACGGAGGUGUCCAGGCCUUCCUGACUAAAGUGUGGUGGGGCCAGCUGUGCGUGGACAACGGGAUGUGGCAAGUCAUCCUGUGUAUGCUGGCCUUCCCGCUGCUCCUCACAGGCCUCGUCUCCUUCAGGGAGAAGCGGCUGCAGACCCUGGGCCACCCUGCCCGCGUCUGGGCCUUCUUUAGUGCUCCUGUGAUCGUCUUCCACGUGAACAUCCUGUCCUACUUCGCCUUCCUCUGCCUCUUCGCCUAUGUGCUCAUGGUGGACUUCCAGCCCACGCCAUCCUGGAGCGAGUACCUCAUCUACCUCUGGCUCUUCUCCCUGGUGUGCGAGGAGAUGCGGCAGCUCUUCUGUGUCCCUGAUGAGUGCCGGCUGAUGAAGAUGGUGUCCCUGUACUUCAGCGACUUCUGGAAUAAGGUGGACGUUGGGGCCAUCUUGCUCUUCAUCGCGGGGCUGACGUGCCGGCUCAUCCCGGCGACGCUGUACCCGGGCCGCGUGAUCCUCUCCCUGGACUUCAUCAUCUUCUGCCUCCGCCUGAUGCACAUUUUCACCAUCAGCAAGACUCUGGGGCCCAAGAUCAUCAUUGUGAAGCGGAUGAUGAAGGACGUCUUCUUCUUCCUGUUCCUCCUGGCCUUGUGGGUGGUGUCCUUUGGUGUAGCCAAGCAGGCCAUCCUCAUCCACAACGAGCACCGCGUGGACUGGAUCUUCCGCGGGGUCGUCUACAACUCCUACCUCACCAUCUUCGGCCAGAUCCCACCCUACAUUGAUGGCGUGGAUUUCAACCUGGAACGCUGCAGCCCCAAUGGCACGGACCCCUACAAGCCCAAAUGCCCGGAGAUCGAUGCGGCGCGGCAGGCACCGGCCUUUCCCGAGUGGCUCACGGUCACGAUGCUCUGCCUGUACCUGCUCCUCACCAAUAUCCUGCUGCUCAACCUCCUGAUCGCCAUGUUCAACUACACGUUCCAGCAGGUGCAGGAGCACACAGACCAGAUCUGGAAGUUCCAGAGGCACGACCUGAUCGAGGAGUACCACAGCCGGCCCCCAGCGCCACCACCGCUCAUCCUGCUCAGCCACCUGUACCUGCUGGUCAAGAAGGUGGUGCUGAAGGUCCCCAACAAGAGGCACAUGCAGCUCAAGACCAAGCUGAAGAAGGAGGAGGAGGCGGCCCUGCUGUCCUGGGAGAUCUACCUGAAGGAGAACUACCUGCAUAACCAGCAGUACCAGCACCAGCAGCAGCCGGAGCAGAGGAUCCAGGAUAUCAGUGAGAAGGUGGACAGCAUGGUGGACCUGCUGGACAUGGACCGUCUGAAGAGGUCGGGCCCCACAGAGCAGAGGCUGGCAUCCUUAGAGGAGCAGGUGGCCCAGGUGACCAAGUCUUUGCACUGGAUUGUGAAAACCCUGAAGGACAGUGGCUUUGGCUCUGCAGUGGGCGCACCUGGCCUGGCACCCACAAAGACCCCUGAUGAGCCGGAUGCCGAGCUGGUGGGCAGGAGGAAGGAGGAGGAGCCAGGUGAUGGCUACCAUGUGAAUGCCCGGCACCUUCUGUACCCCAGCUCCCCUAUCACCCGGUUCCCUGUGCCCAAUGAGAAGGUGCCAUGGAAGACGGAGUUCCUGAUCUACAAGCCUCCUUUCUACACGGUGGAGAGGAAGGACGCAGCCCUUGUGGACCCCGUGGGAGAGGCCCCUGAGCUUCUGGCCAAGAUCCGCUACAAUGCUCUAGAUGGAUCAACAGACCGCCGCAGCUUCCACGGAGCCUACAUGGUCCAGGAUGGGCUCCCACUGAACCCCAUGGGCCGCACAGGGCUGCGCGGACGUGGGAGCCUCAAAUGCUUUGGACCCAACCACAUGCUGCAUCCGGUGGUCACCCGGUGGAGGAGGAACCAGGACGGGGCCAUCUGCAGGAAGAGCAUAAAGAAGAUGCUGGAGGUGCUGGUGGUGAAGCAGCCCCUCUCAGAGCUCUGGGCUUUGCCAGGGGGCUCCCGGGAGCUGGGGGAGAGACUGCCGAGGAAGCUGAAGGAGAUUCUGCUGCAGGGAGCCUGGCCCAUGGUGGAAGGAUUGCUGCAGAAGGGCGUGGAGGUAUACAAAGGGUAUGUGGAUGACCCACGGAACACUGACAAUGCGUGGAUCGAGACGGUGGCCAUUAGCAUCCACUUUUCAGACCAGAAUGAUGUGGAGCUGACGAGGCUGAACUCUCACCUGCUUGCCUCCGACCCAGGUGUGUCCGUCCGGUGGCAGGUGGUGGACAAGCGCAUCCCGAUGUACGAGAACCACAAGACCAUCCUGCAGAAGACGGCCAUUCUGUUCGGAGCCCACUACUAAGCAGGCCCUGAUGUGGACUCUGACCUGGUCGGGGUAGGGACACCUCAGGAGGCCUGGCUCACUGCCCAGCUGUCCGGCUGCAGAAUGAAGCAUAGAGAGAGGGAGAGAUGGAAUGAGGGAGGGAGGGAGGGAGAGAGAAGGAGGGAGGCCAGCUCUACAGGGAGGCGGGUGGGGGUGGGGCACGGCAAGGCCCCUGGUCUGCACACAGUGACUCAUAGGUGCAGGAACCACUGGGAGCCGUCAGGCAGGAAUGAUGUAAAACCGAGAUGUUAAAUUGCAUUAAUCUUGGGCUGGCCUGGCCGGCCCUCCAGCACUGUCCACAAUAAAGUUCUGGGGCUGAGCUCCCAGGCCUUUGCGGGUGACUGCUG